ACUUCCGCACUAGUUGAGUGUGUGUGAAUAGUGCGCAGCGUCAAGUUGCUACGUACUACCUAGCAGGCGAGGACGGAUGCUUUUUCUCUUUUCAGCUCCGUGAGCAGAAAAAGGAACCGAAAGUGGCCAGUUAGCUGUCAACUUGGUGCGAUGAGGGAACUUGUGAAUAUGGAGUUUCCCCUGGAAAGAGAAUGACAGCGGUGUGAACUGCUGAACACCGAGUUUAGGAAGAGUCUGAAGUUUCAGAAUGACUCGUGUGACUUCCGAGUUGGAGUUGAGAACGCUAGCAGAGUGUAACUACUGUUACCCAGCUGACGUCCUGGCGGAGGUCCGAGAGGUCACAUCAGCGUUUCCUGACCUGCACCUCUACAUGGAUUAUUACUAUUACCCCAACAAUGAUAAGAAGAAGCUGGUCCAUUUGCGUGGCACCGUCCCUGUGCUUUACGACGGUGUACAGUACAACAUCCCGGUGUGCAUCUGGCUCCACGAGACACACCCUCAGAACCCGCCCCGCUGCCUCGUGUGCCCGUUACGCAGCAUGGUGAUCAACAACAGGAGCAGCAGCGUGGACGCUCAGGGUCACGUCCUCCUGCACUGCCUCAGCAACUGGAAGCACGGCUGGUCCAACCUGUCCAUCGUCCUGGAAGAGAUGGUCGCUGCGUUUCAGCGCGAGUCGCCUCUUUUCUCCGUGCAUCCACACAGAUCUCCAACUCUCACCUCGAGCACGAAGCAGCGUCAGCUCGUGGAGCAGGGCGAUCAUCACGAUCAUCGCAGUCCCGAUCCGACCCCCAGGAGUGGGAACUCCGUGCACAGGAAAUUCUCUCACCCUGAAAUGUCCUCAUCAGCCAACAGCUCUCAGAGUGUGAAGGGGAGUCAGUCUCAGGACGGCGUAGGAGAGCUGAGCAGUGUGAAGAGGUCGUACACACAGGAGCUGCUGGAUUUCGGGAUUUCAUUCGGAGCGUCGAGCCUCCAGAAAAACCCAACUAACCCAUUCAUCACUGCCCCGAAUAUGAACGCCUCCAAUCCAGAUGACAUCAGCAACCUGUUUAAAAGCCUUCAGCUGGAAAGAAUAGUCAACAUGUACCAGUUUGACUCCAAAGACAAGGACAUUCCUCAGGCGUGGAGGCGGAGUCAGGGGCAUGAUGAGGGAUCUUCGGUCCAGCCGAGGUUACUCGAUGACGGACACAGAGUCUUGGUGAGCCAUCUGCCCGUGGGCGUCUCUCCUCAGAAGAUGAAGAACAAACUGACUAUUUACUUUCAGAGGAAGCAGAACGGAGGCGGCGAGGUAGUGGCCGUGACGUACCCUUCAGCUCAGCCAGACCAGGCGGUGAUCACGUUCAGGAACCACGGAGAUGCAGUUCAAAUCCUGAAAGCGCCAAACAGGAUCAUCACAGUGGACGAGCAUCAAGUUCUCAUCCAGCUCCAGAUGUUCAGUAGCUCACAAGUCCACGUCCCGGAGGGCGUCCAGGGCGAGAAAGCCGAGAUGUUCACCAUCAUCCUGAGUCAGGAGGGCUGCACUUUCACCCCCACAGAUGUGCUGGAGGCGGUUCAGGCGUGCCGAGACAUCCCAUCUGCUCUCAAAUACCUCUCUCAUGACUGCCCCAUCUGCCAGGAGCAGGUGUCCUUCAGUAAGAUGAUCACCAUGACCCACUGCUCGUGUACGUUCUGCGAAAGCUGCUUCAAGGCCUACUUCUCCUCUGUCAUCAAAGAGAAGAGCAUCGACUUCGCCGUGUGUCCGCUGUGUAACGAGCCGGACGUGCGUGCAGCGGGAUGCAGGGAGGAGUCCAUGGAGUACUUCAACCUGCUCGACACGCAGAUCAGGCACUAUCUGGACACACAGACCCAUGAGCUGUUUCAGAGGAAGCUGAGGGACCGGGCCCUGCAGGAGAUGCCUAACUUCCGCUGGUGUGCUCAUUGCUCUUUCGGACUUCUUCACGAAGCAGACAGACUGAGGAUGGACUGCCCGAGCUGCAAGAAGAGCACAUGCUUUAAGUGCAAAAGCCCUUGGGCGUCCCAGCAUGAAGGGCUUUCCUGCGAGAAGUUUAAGGAGUGGCUGCAACUCAACAGCCCUGAGUUCCAAAACUCGCGCCUGGAGCUCCUCCUCAGCAGGAAUAAGAUCGAUUGCCCUAAAUGCAAGUUCCGGUUCUUUCUAUCGAAAGGCGGGUGUUUACAUUUUAAGUGCACUCAAUGCCAGCACGAGUUCUGCGGAGGCUGCAGUCGGCCCUUCAGAAUGGGCGCGGCGUGCGAUUUCUCCGCUGAAUGUGCUGCUAAGGGUUUACACGCCCAUCACCCCAGGGACUGUCUGUACCACCUCAGAGACUGGAGUGUGUCCAGACUGCGCAGUCUACUACACCACCAUGGCGUGUCCCAUCCGUUCGUGUCGAGACGGAGAGACGACGAUGGGCAAAAGGGUCCGAAAGGUGUGUGUGGAGUGAUGGAGCACAAAGAGACAGGCAGCGUGAAAGAAGAGCCCUGUGGGCGCCCAGCUUACAAAGAAUAUAACCUCUACUGCACGAUUCAUUAUAAGGAGUGUCUGGUGGAGCUGAUUAACCAAAACCGUCUCGAUCCGGUGGUGCUGCUCGAGGGACCUGAACUGCGUGCCGAACUGGACCGCUGGAAGAUCCCAGUCCCGGAGAAACAACCGCUGGAGUCAGACAAGAUCUACACGGAGCACCUCAGACAGAUAUUGAUCCAGAGGGUGGGUUUGACCACAAGCGUCACUUCGAGGUCAAACCCGGCUGCUCCACCCACACCGUCGCCUUCUCCCACCUCCCCGAUGCUCGCUGCCGCGCCCUGGUACUCGGUACUGAACCCCAGCAGAGCCAAAGCUGAAGACUCGCAAAUGCUGCUGCUGCUCAACGACUGAGGAGAGACUUUAAAUCAAAAUCACACACUGAGACUGAGGAAGAUCCGACAGGUCUCCAGAGCGCCAUCUUAUCCGGUGUGAAUCCACUGUGCUGUGAGGUUUUAUUCCCGGACUAGCACGCCCGAUCCGUCAGCAGGUACGCUCCUGAAACACGACGGUGAUAUCAGGCGUUGCUGUUCAUUGGAUCUUCGACACCUCCAGCUGUUUUGUCUGUACGUAUUUCCACAGCGACUCGGUUUUGGCUCUGUAUCACAGCACAAUGUUUACAAGCACUUUAUACUCUGACCGUCUGACCACUCGCUCAAGCUUCAUCUUCAUACGUAUUGAUCUCAGAUUCUAACCCGAUGUUAAAUGUGACUUCUCUGAACUGCAGAUCCACCUAUACGUGCAUUUACUUUUUUUUUGCAGAACAGGAAAUAAUAGUUACAACCAGUUAUCGUUUUAUGAUUUAAUAUAUUUAAUUUAUUUAUUGUUCUUUAGGAUGGUUUCUCAAUCAUAGUCUGUCUCGCGUUAACACAAACAGGAAGCAAGAUUACAAAUCACUUAAAACUGAUUUGAUUUUUUUUUUUCACCACUGGUGCAAAAAAAAAAUCUCAACUCUGGAAGGUUAAAUUGCAUUCUGUUGGUUUAUUCACCAAGAAAUUAUGCUUUUCUGGAAGGAGCAUCCAGUGUCGGCGCUUUAUAACGGUCAGAGAUAACAGUGUAACUUUUCUGAGUUUCUUGUUUACAUGACGCAGCAUUUCUGCCUUAUUAACAUCGAGAGAGGGGGGAAAAAGAUGGUCGAUUGUUUGUUUAUCGCCGCUGUAACAGGCGUUUCACAACGAUAAACGGCUAAAAAGUAUGACAAAUUGUUUUAUACUGUAUAAUGUGAUGUUCGAGGAAAAUAUUCAACUUUAACCUUGCGUCAUCACGGUGAUUAUUUUCCUCGAACAGCACAACAGGGUUUGAUGAAAAUAAAUAUUUCACAAGCAUUCAAGUGUGUUAGCGUACAGAGCCAAAACAAACGCUAACAGACUGCACUGAAUUUUUAUUCUCACUCGUCUUGUGGUUGUUUUUUUUGGAUACAAGUGUGAGACUUCUCUCACAGAAGUGACUCACAGCGCCACCACCAGACUAAAACACUGACCCUGAUAGUGUCUCCUCUUCACUCUUCUUCUUCUUCUUUCUAAAGUGCAUUCGUUUAAAAAUAGUUUCAUGUGAAUAACCAUCAUGUUACACUGUUGGGAUUGAAAGAGCACAGGAGUGCGGUUUUACUGAUUGUGAAGUGAGCAUUAAACACACACACACACGUGGCAUUGUGAAUAACUGGGAUAAUAAAAUAUUUUUCUAUCA